AAGUGAUACGACCAUGACGAGGCUUCGGUGACUUUCACAACUGCAUAUCUGGCAUAUGAACAUUUUGUAACUACAGGAAUCUUGUUUAACUUGUUACCAAUUCUGAUAGAUAUUUGCUGGAGGCGAGAGCUCAGUUCACUUUGCGUGAAAGUUUCAGAACUGCACAACUGCAGUCGUUAAAUACUGAGAAGAGAAAGAAGAUACUGUUAAAGAUGAAUCUACAACAGUUUCUGUUCAGAUUAUCUCUGAUUUCCCUUCUGCUUUGCUCAGGUUGUUAUCCAGCGGUUGUGGUUGAAAAUGUAAUACUUGAUGGGACUGCAAGUACUCCUACCACCACCACUAGUACCACAACUACAUCUACCACAACCUCUACCACUCCUACUACCACCACCACCACCACUACUACUACUCCCACAACUACGCCUACCACCACCACUAUUACCACUCCCACAACUACGCCUACCACCACCACUACUACCACUCCCACAACUACGCCUACCACCACCACUACUACCACUCCCACAACGACUCCUACUACCACUCCCACAAGGACUCCUACCACCACCACUACUACCACUCCUACAACUACGCCUACCACCACUACUACCACUCCCACAACGACUCCUACCACCACUACUACCACUCCUACAACAACUCCUACCACUCCUACAACUACGCCUACCACCACUUCUACCACUCCUACAACUACUCCUACCACCACUACUACAACCACAACUGCCACUACUACUGGCAUGAGUCCUACUACACCUGAUGACAGUGUAUUUAGUGGUGGUAACUUGAUCCACUUCUCCCAUUUCUUCUCUCUGUCUGCUCUUGUUCUGUUUUUCGAUGUUCUUGUUUAGGCAGUGAACUGUAAAAGUAACUAACGGGAUUCUGUUCUUCAAAUACCUUUAAAGAAUGACCCAGAGGAUGCUUUGCUGUUAAUCUUUGUAUUUCCUUUAGCCAGAGAAUUUGGGUUUUGAUGUAGUGGCUGGUUCAAAGGUGUGGCAGAUGGUAUAAUUGCUGAAUUUCAUGUGAGCAGAUCCAAAUGUCAACAAUCCAGUGAUUAUGUGGGGUUUUCACUCAAUGAUUUUGUUUUACCUGUUGAAGUAUUUUUCACUCCUAAACUACAAACCUGCCACCAGUUGCUUUAAGAAACAGGAUCAUGUGAUUACAUGACCUGGGCAAUGA